AGGGACACGCAGUGGUCAUCAGAUAGCAGAACACCUUGCUGUUUAUUUAAGUUUUAUCACUAAAUAAUAAUUCACAAUGAAUAACACUCUAAACCAACAUUAUGAGGAGAAGGUGCGUCCCUGUAUAGACCUCAUCGACUCCCUGCGCUCCCUUGGCGUAGAGAAGGACCUUGCGCUGCCAGCCAUCGCGGUGAUAGGGGACCAGAGUUCAGGGAAGAGCUCAGUGCUGGAGGCGCUAUCUGGGGUGGCUUUGCCAAGGGGGAGUGGUAUUGUAACACGAUGCCCUCUUGAGCUGAAGAUGAAGAGGAAGAAAGAAGGAGAGGAAUGGCAUGGAAAAAUCAGCUACCAAGACCAUGAGGAGGAGAUUGAGGAUCCCUCUGAUGUGGAGAAGAAAAUUCGUGAAGCCCAGGACGAAAUGGCAGGUGUGGGGGUGGGUAUCAGUGAUGACCUCAUCAGCCUGGAGAUUGGCUCCCCUGACGUCCCAGACCUCACACUCAUCGACCUGCCAGGCAUCGCCCGGGUAGCUGUCAAGGGUCAACCUGAGAACAUUGGUGAACAGAUUAAGAGACUGAUACGGAAGUUCAUCACGAAGCAAGAAACAAUCAAUUUGGUGGUUGUGCCAUGCAACGUUGACAUUGCAACCACAGAGGCUUUGAAGAUGGCACAAGAGGUGGACCCUGAAGGGGAAAGGACAUUAGGCAUCCUGACCAAGCCUGACCUGGUAGACAAAGGCACAGAAGAGACGGUGGUGGACAUAGUUCAUAAUGAGGUUAUCCACCUGACUAAGGGCUACAUGAUAGUCAAGUGCAGGGGCCAGAAGGAGAUCAUGGAGCGAGUCUCACUGUCCGAGGCCACAGAGAGGGAGAAGGCUUUCUUCAAAGAGCACGCUCAUCUCAGCACACUAUAUGAUGAGGGCCAUGCCACCAUCCCUAAACUGGCAGAGAAAUUAACUCUUGAACUAGUGCAUCAUAUUGAGAAAUCCCUACCUCGUCUAGAAGAGCAGAUUGAGGCAAAGCUGGCAGAGACACAUGCCGAGCUGGAAAGAUAUGGUACCGGGCCACCUGAGGACUCGGCAGAAAGGAUGUACUUCCUGAUCGAUAAAGUGACUGCAUUCACCCAUGAUGCCAUUAACCUGAGCACUGGGGAGGAGCUGAAAAGCGGAGUUCGUCUCAACGUCUUUUCCACACUCAGAAAAGAGUUUGGGAAAUGGAAGUUACACCUGGAUCACUCUGGAGAAAACUUUAACCAGAGGAUCGAGGGAGAAGUGGCUGAUUAUGAGAAGACGUACCGUGGAAGGGAGCUCCCAGGGUUCAUCAACUACAAGACCUUUGAGGUGAUGGUGAAAGACCAGAUCAAACAACUGGAGGAACCAGCAGUCAAGAAACUGAAGGAGAUUUCAGAUGCCGUUAGGAAGGUGUUCUUACUGCUGGCUCAGAGCAGCUUCAUUGGAUUUCCUAACCUCCUGAAAUCAGCGAAGACAAAGAUUGAGGCCAUUAAGCAGGUGAAUGAGUCUACUGCUGAGUCCAUGUUGAGGACUCAGUUCAAGAUGGAGAUGAUAGUGUACACACAGGACAGCACCUACAGCCACAGUCUGAGUGAGAGGAAGAGGGAGGAGGAAGACGACCGACCCUUACCGACCAUUAAGAUAAGGAGUACAAUCUUUAGCACAGACAACCAUGCCACCCUACAGGAGAUGAUGCUGCACCUCAAGUCCUAUUACAGGAUAUCCAGUCAACGUUUGGCUGAUCAGAUUCCCAUGGUGAUCCGCUACCUGGUGCUGCAGGAGUUUGCUUCCCAGCUGCAGAGGGAGAUGCUUCAGACUCUGCAGGAGAAGGACAACAUCGAGCAGCUGCUGAAGGAGGACUUCGACAUCGGCAGCAAGAGGGCUGCACUGCAGAACAAGCUCAAACGUCUGAUGAAGGCACGCAGCUACCUAGUGGAGUUCUAGUAUGGACAGCUGCUUGUUAACAUUUAGGAUGGUCUUGAUUUUUUUUUAAUGUAAUGUAUUUUUUGGGAGGAUAACAGACAUAUACAACAAAAUGUACAAUGUGGACCCAGAGGAUAUCACUUGAAAGUGUUAAUUAAAAAGCUUGUUUCCAAAGUGGUCCUCGAUGGUAAAAACAAUAACACAUAUGAUUAAAAAGCAAGACAAAAUUACAAACAACCAUAAAUACAUUCAUUUAUAUUGACAUCCUAAAAAGUGACACUAUUCACUACACUUUUCCCUAAACUUAAAAAUCAGCCAUAUUAAUUUCACAUUAAAACAAACUAUUAAUUGGAUAUCAUACCGAUCCUUCAAAUAACAUACACCUGACCAGCAGUAGGGGGCACAAGGGCCAGUGGAGUGGUUUCUCUUACUUAGACAACCUUCUCCAAAUGAAAACCUUUGCCUGCAUUUUAAACCUAUUUUUAACUUUUUCUUUGCUUGAUCUCGAAGGAGAGGACCAAAACGCAGCAGGGACAUGCAUCUUCUUUAUUGACGGGAAAA